AUUCACAAGAACGAAUAAGAAAAUAAAAGAAAUGGAAUGGUCAACGACAAACAACUUAGAAAACAUGAGAGUUGCUUUUAUGCCGCCGACAUGGCCGGAGUCGAGCUCCUUUAACUCACUACAUAGCUUCAACUAUGAUCCUUAUGCAGCAGGAAAUUCAUACACGCCUGCCGAUACGCAAACCGGACCGGUUAUCUCUGUACCUGAACCAGACAAGAUCAUUAAUGCGUACCGAUUACCAAGCAACAACAACGAGAUAACAAAAAAGAAGAGACUAACGAGUGGACAAUUAGCUUCACUUGAACGGAGUUUUCAAGAUGAGAUCAAACUAGAUUCAGACAGGAAGCUGAAGCUGUCAAGAGAGCUUGGUUUGCAGCCACGUCAGAUAGCGGUUUGGUUCCAGAACCGCCGUGCACGCUGGAAGGCAAAGCAACUCGAGCAGCUCUACGAUUCGCUUAGGCAAGAGUACGAUGUCGUUUCUAGAGAGAAGCAGAUGCUACAUGAGGAGGUGAAGAAGCUGAGAGCUAUACUAAGAGACCAUGGACUAAUCAAGAAGCAGAUCUGCGGUGUGACCAGUGGGGAAGACACGACGGAGAUUCCAUCUGUGAUGACCACUAAAGUGUACGGCACUGAUCAAUACAAUAAUCAGAUGGUUGUCGCUUCCUCUUGCUGGCUGCCUUACCCGUGA